GAACUGUCUAGUGCUGCCGAUAGUAUAUCAUACAUAACCUAGAGGUUCUAUUUCGCAAUUCGUUUUCUUGGCAGUUGUGAUCGAGAAAAAUUUGAAACAUUGCAUUGAAACCUACUAAAACAGCAGCGUUUGUCGAGAAGCGUAUCGAUGCCGAAAUAUUAUUGUGACUAUUGCGACACUUAUUUGACACAUGACUCUCCGAGUGUACGGAAGACCCAUUGCCAGGGUCGCAAGCACAAGGAUAACGUGAAAUAUUUCUAUCAGAAAUGGAUGGAGGAGCAGGCCCAGCACUUGAUUGAUGCGACGACAGCCGCCUUUAAAGCCGGUAAGAUCGCCUCGAAUCCUUUCGCGGCGAACAAGGGUGCGGCGAUACCACCGCCACCGAAUCUCGGCUCCAGCCUGGGCUCGCGAUCCGGAGUACCGCCUCAGGGACCCCCGGGGAUGAUGCCGCCGCCGGGAAUGCAUCCAGCCGGACCGAUGGGACCAGGAGGCCCGAUGAUGAUGGGACCACAUGGACCGAUGCCACCUCCUAUGAUGGGCAUGAGACCACCUAUGAUGGGGCCGAUGGGACCGAUGGGUCCUAUGAUGGGCCCCAUAGGUCCUAUGGGUCACAUGAGACCGCCGAUGAACGGGCCACCGCCUCCGAUAGUUGGUCCACCGCCAAUGAAGAAAUAACAGUCAGAUUAAGGAUUUUCAUAUGCGUAUUAGGAUGGAUACGAUUGAAGCAAAACAUUGCUGAAUCUUGUGGAUGUGAUUACUGAAAAAGUGUUAUACAUCAAAUUACAUUAUAUAUUUAAGAAUUAUGUACAAAUAAUGGGAUUAAUUCUGCGAUUAAAUACUUUCUAUAUGAUACAUGAUACUUUUAAAUAAUAUAUGAGCUCUUCUUA